AUAACCCAUUAGACGUCACCAUGAUUAGAGCAGUAAUUUUGACGAUCUGCAUCGCUUUGGCGUUUGCUGGUUAUGACAAGAGACAGAGACAUUUUCCGUAUUACGGAUCCAGUGUUCGCUCUCUAUAUGGUGGAUAUGGUGGAUAUGGCGGAUAUGGUGGAUAUGGCGGAUAUGGUGGAUAUGGCGGAUAUGGUGGAUAUGGCGGAUAUGGCGGAUAUGGUGGAUAUGGCGGAUAUGGUGGAUAUGGCGGAUAUGGCGGAUAUGGUGGAUAUGGCGGAUAUGGUGGAUAUGGCGGUUAUGGUGGAUAUGGCGGAUAUGGAGGGAAUGGUGUAAGCUCUCCAUAUGGCGGAUAUGGCGGAUACGGUGUAGGUUCUCCCUAUGGGGGAUACAGUUUACUGGGUUCCCAAUAUGGCGGGUUUGGUUCUCCGAGCAAUUAUCCAUUUUAUAGACGGCAUCGAAAGAGCGUAUACUAAGACCUUCCCAGCAUGAAAAAUAGACAGACCGAUGACAGGACAGCCGGCUUAUACCUAAUAAAAUGAGUUAUUGUUAAAAUCAUUCAAAUAAAAAUGCAGCAUUUA